UCAGGACCUCUCAGGACCACAGUCUUUGGCCAGAUCCCUUCAAGCCUCAGCCCACCAUGACCCCUCCGGGCCACCUCUUGUUCCUGCUUCUGCUCCCAGUGGCUGCAGGUCAGACGCCAGCAGGUUCCUGCUCAGGAUGUGGGCCUCUGUCCCUGCCGUUCCUGGCAGGCCUGGUGGCUGCAGAUGCGGUCUUGUCACUCAUAAUCGUGGGGGUGGUGUUUGUAUGCAUGCGCCCACACAGCAGGCCUGCCCAAGAAGACAGUAGAGUCUACAUCAACAUGCCUGGCCGAAGCUGACCUCUGCAACUUCUGACUCUCCCGUCUUGGAUCACGUGGGGGUGCCUGGGAACACACUCCUUCUGGACUGGAAUAAAGCAAUUCAAAUGCC